AUGGCAGCCAGCGCCUUUACUGGCAUGAUCUCCGCUCCCAUCUUCUCGCAUUUAGGAGGCGCCCACGGACUUUCAGGAUGGCAAUGGCUCUUCAUCGUUCAAGGCGCAGUAUCGCUCUUGGCUUCCAUCUUAUCUCUCAUUCUUUUACCAGACACACCAAGGCGGACGUGGUGGCUUACAGCUGAAGAGCGAGUACUAGCCGAUACGCGGAUAGCCAGAGACGUCACAAACCGCACCGAAGCGGCCACAAGCGUCUGGACUGGACUCCGCGAGGCCUGCACUGAUCCACUUACAUGGGUCUUCUGCUUAAUGGACUGCCUGCAUCUCUCUGCCAACGGCUUCAAGAACUUUGUCCCAACACUCGUCAAGGAAGUCGGAUUUGAGACUACCACUGCCCUCUUACUCACCUGUCCCCCAUUUGUGCUGGCCGCAUUUGUCACGAUCAUGGUCGGCUGGAACAGCGGCCGAAUGAACGAACGGACCUGGCACAUCACGAUUUCGAAGCUGGUUGCCAUUGCGGGCUUCAUCAUAUGCGUCGCAACGCUUGACACGUGGGUUCGAUACUUUGGCGUCAUGGUCUUCGUGAGCGCAUCCUAUGGCGUGAAUACUCUGAUUUUGGGAUGGGUGUCUAGUGUUCUCGCCCAGUCGAAUGAGAAGAGGGCUGUGACGCUUGCGUUGUGCAAUACAUUUGGCAAUUUGUCCGCGGUUUAUACGCCGUAUCUCUGGCCUGAUAGUGAUGCACCGCGCUUUGUCACAGCCAUGGCGUCUUCGAUCGCAUUUUCAGCGGGUGUUAUAGCUUGCGGCUGGGUGCUGAGGUUUGCGCUCAUGAGGGCAAACAGGAGGCUGCGAAAUGAGAAUCCAGAAAUUACAAACUUCUAUGUAUACUGA